AUGCGGGCCAUGGAGAAACAACUCGGAACUAAAUCAGACGGUAUUAGCUAUUUCAUGGAGAGAAUAUGGGUUCCACUAUACGGAAGCUUGCAAGAUCUUUUGAUGGUCGAAGCACACAAGUCUCGAUACUCGAUUCACCCAGUUUCUGAAAAAAAGGUUUAUGCUGAAAGUCUCACAUUGGAAAGAUGUGGUCCGUUUUGGGAAACGGGAAAGUUAAAUCCGCGUUACGUUGGACCAUUUGAAAUUGUACAAAGAAUCAACACUAUGGCUCAUAGAUUGAAUCUCCCUGAAGAUCUCAGCAGCGUGCACAACGUUUUUCAUGUCUCAAAUCUAAAGAAGUGUCUAUCUAAUGAAAGACUUGUGUUUCCAUUCAAAGAGUUGAAAAUUGGUGAUCAACUAUGUUUUAUCGAGGAACUAGUUGAGAUCUUGGAUAGAGAAGUCAAAACUCUUAAACACAGAAGAAUUCCUAUUAUGAGAGUUCGUUGGAACUCGAAACGUGGAAAGGAGUUUACAUGGGAGCGAGAAGAUCAAAUGAUGCGCAAGUAUCCUCAAUUGUUCAAAACCGCGAUGCCUAAUGGUGAAUAA